CUCUCCCAUUCUCCCUCCCCCCUCCCCCCUAUAAAUAUAUAUAUAUUUAGCUCCGAGGGGUUUGCCAUUUUAGUGUGUUCUGAGUCACUCUCUGUCAAACUCUUUUCAAUUCACAGCCUGAGCUCUUUUGGGUGGUCAAAGCCCUCCAUGGAUUCUCAGGUCUUGGUGGCUCUCGUACUCUCACUUGUGGGUGGAUUGAGUACUUCUCUGGGUGCUCUUUUCGUAAUUCUCAAUGAGGCUCCCAAUUUGAAGAUGCUUGGGCUUUUACAGGGUUUUGCUGCAGGUCUGAUGCUAAGCAUAUCAUUCCUUGAUUUGGCUCACAAUGCUAUAAACUCAAUAGGAUUUUUAAAAGCCAACUUAUGGUUUUUUGCUGGUGUGUUAUUCUUUGCUGUAAUUGCCAAUUUUAUUCCGGAACCAUCACUUGCUCCUAGUUCAGAUGUGAAAAGUAAAAAGAAAGGCGGGGAUGAAGGAGGAAAAGACACUUUGAAGAAGCAUCGCCGUCAAGUAUUAUUCAGUGGAAUUGUUACAGCAAUAGGCAUAAGUUUGCACAACUUUCCUGAAGGAAUGGCAGUGUUCCUUGGAUCAAUGAAGGGCCUCCGUGUUGGUGUCAAUUUGGCUUUGGCUAUUGCCUUGCACAAUAUCCCAGAGGGAGUUGCUGUUGCACUUCCUGUCUACUUUGCAACACAGAGCAAAUGGCAGGCGUUCAAAUUGGCGACACUUUCUGGUCUUGCUGAACCUUUGGGUGUUAUAAUUGUAGCCUAUCUAUUCCCGAGCAGCUUGAAUCCAGAAAUUCUUGAAGGCCUUCUAGGAGCAGUUGGCGGAGUGAUGGCUUUUUUAACUCUGCAUGAGAUGCUGCCCUUGGCAUUUGAUUAUGCAGGGCAGAAGCAAGCUAUCAAGGCUGUGUUUUUGGGAAUGGCUUUCAUGUCUGCAAGCCUAUACUUCCUUGAAAUCAGCCUACCUGCGGAAAUGAGCUUGUAGCUGUUUUCCACUGCUAUUUUACAGUGUUGUACAUUUCUGUACUGCCAUGCACGAUAGUCCUCAACUGGUGCUUGUAAUCGGCACCGAAUAGCUUGUAAUACUGAUGUUCGAUUUCAUUUCAGCCUAGAGGAGAUUUACUAUUGCCCAAAGAUAGCAGUUUGAUCAUAUUUAAGAUGCUAGAAACCUUGCAAUUAAAUGUAAAGUGACUAGUAUAUGAGACUCGAUUUCUUUAAUCAACUUCAGUCUCCUUUUCUUCA